GAAGCUUCCUGAUCUAGCGUGCAAAUUGCGGAGCCAAAAUUUGAUGGCUUCGACUUUCACAUCCGUCCAACCCCGGAUUUGCGACUAAAUACAAAUGCUCGUUGUUGUUUCCCGCAAGAAGUGGACCAUUGGAUAAUUACGUCAUACAGCCGCGCCCCCGAACAUGGCGUCAAUGCGACUCCAAACAACUAGAAGCUGUAGCUCUUUCUACAUGCUCAUGGGCCACGCACCCACCUGAACACCAUGCGCGUUCGUCGCAGUACCUUCGCUACGCCGCAACGAUGAGUGACUACCUGCAUACGCUGCGCUACUUCUUCGGCCUGCCCUUCAACGUCGCCUGGAGAACAGCACUCGUACAGAUUCCGCGAUUCGUACCCCUAUCGAUCCUCCACAUCACCUCACCUAAGGGACCGCAUCCUUUCCUCGUCAACCUUCCGAGCCGGAAAGGCAACGUCAUCACGCUAUAUGUCUUCGUACCGCCCGCACCAGUAGACCUGGAGGAGAAUGAAGAUCGGCGGCGCACAGAAACAGGAGAAUGGAGGGUUCCGGUGGUGCUGGACUUUCACGGCGGAGGCUUCAUCAUGGGCAGUCCCCUCGAGCAAGCACCCUACGCCUCUAUGAUGUCGCGUGAGCUAGGAGCAGUCGUAAUCUCAGUGUCGUACCGUAUUGGGCCGUUCCACCAGUUCCCAGCCGCUAUACACGACGCUGAAGACGCGUUGUCCGCUAUUCUGGACACAGAUAGCAUAACAGAAGCCGGCAAAUAUCUCAGAACGGAGAUCCAACGUUACUACUCUAUCAUGCGUACGAAUACGCUCAGCAAGAACGAGAAGCGGAAAAAGAAGAAAACACUGCCACCUCACCUGGAGCAUGUUAGAACUAUCACUCUCGAUCCAGAGCGUCUCAGUAUCUCAGGUUUCUCAGCGGGAGGCAACAUUGCACUGAACAUGGCUGUGUCAGCUCCUCCGUGUAUGGAACUCCUACAGGCUAAUACCGGGCGCUCAAACUCGAUUACGCCUGGACCAUCGCCUGCUGCGACAAUGUCACCUCUUUUACCACGGAACCGCGCACCUACGAUACUUGACAACCCCCUACAGCCCUGGCCGACCAUAUUGCCGGCACCACAAGCUCGACCUAGAUUCCUGCCUCUCCUACUGUUCUACCCAUCGCUAGACGCACGCCUUCUGCCCCAUGAACGUCCCAUGAAGCCUCUACCGAACGCGCUCAAGGGCGAUGACAAGCACACUGAGAAGCCGCGAAUGCCGGGUCUCUUCUCAAUCAUGGGUCCCACAUACCUUCCCAAGAAAUUGCGUGCCCACCCUCGCGCCAGUCCCGGUCUGAUCAACCCUGAGAACAUACAGACAAACGCUGCUAUGUUCCUCGUGCUCCCUGAGAAGGAUACUCUUGCCGUCCAGAGCGAUGUCUGGGUAGACAAGAUGAACUGCAGCGGAUGGCACGGACACGUGCGCUUCGGUGAUGGACGAGAAAACGACUGGGACGGCGUCAAAGGCGGGCAACCCUACCCACAGGUCGACACCAACGGUGGUCUCGAGGUCUGGCAUGCUCCAGGGUGCAGGCACGGCUGGACGCAGUUCCCCGACAUAGCGGUUGGGAAACACGAGAGAAAUGAGAGGGAGCUAGUCUUCGAGCGUACAUUACAGUUUGUGAAAGAUGCAUGGAGACGGGAACUGCCAAUCCCUAAUGAAAGACUCGGCAACAACAACCAGGAAUUACGGCCACUCCGCAUUCCCAGCCAACCUGGUAGCCACCAGUUCUGAGGCGUAAGACUGUACUAUCCACAUUUCGGAGGCGUUGUAGCGCAUUGAGCGGCGUUUGGCUGGAGCAUAGCGUUUUGAUA